AUGAGCCUUUUAAGAAACAAAAAAGUGUGUUUUUGCGUUUGCUUAACUCUUUUUUUUUUCUUUCUUCUUCUUUUCUUUUUUUUUUUUUCACAUGCAUGUUGCAUUAAAAACAACAACAACAACAACAAAAGGGUGUCAAGCGAGGGGUUGGAUGGGGAAGGAAUGCGCGUUGAGGCAUGUCCAAUUGUCAAGAACGAAGAUAAGCCCAAUGUUGUUGAAUCAUUCUUCUCUCUGAAGCCGCUUGCGGGGGCGGCGGAUGAACCGCUCAUGUGUGAGACAAUCAGCAACGGUCACAACAACAGCAAGCAUGAUGGUGACGCGAAUAAUAAUAAUGAUAAUAAUAAUGGCACUUGCGGAACUGUGGCCCCACCAGAAAAUACCCCAGCAAAGGAUUCUCGGUGGACUAUGUCGCUUAUUGCAUUUCAUCAGCAGCGCUACGAUUAUUUCCUUCAAGCGUAUUUUGGCUAUGGGGCAGAACAACGGCUUAAAUGUAUUCGCCAGGCGGCUCAGAUGUGUAUGAUUGGUCUUGGAAUACAGAAGAAGGGCCAAACAAGAAAUGGCGACAUGGUUCACGCCAUGAGACAUUUUCUUCGGCACUCCGUUCUGGCAGUAGAGGGGGACGCCGUCUUUGUCAAGCUUGUACAGAAGGCUAGGCUUCGUUGGUGUGACGAGGGAAACAUUCAUUUUGAUGACCCACGGCAUUGGCCAAAUGCUCGCUGUAUCGCUAUCCACUAUGGUCUACCUUCGCUGGCUACAACGGCUGACUCCUGUUGCACUGCUGUCGACACUGAGGAACCAGUUGGGGUGAAGGCGGAACCGGAAAUAAAGGGGAAAAAGUUUCCGCCAGCGACGCUCAUAGCAGUAGUUGCUACCACCCCCAUCGAAGAGGGUGAAUCUGUGCGGCUUUGCCUUCGUUCGUACCAUCGUUGUCUGGAUGAGGCGACGUGGUACGAGCAACUUUUUGGUUCCCGCUUUAAUGAAGGAAAUGCGGAGACAUCUAGUGUGACACGAGGACAGAAACGGUUUGACAUGUGGCCAGAGGGUUUGGCCUUCUUUCAUGGCGUGGGAUCAGGACACGCGGGAACGGAGCCAGUGGCAGGCUUCCCAUUUACGCUACUCGAGCUUGCCGAGGCAAGAGAAAUAGGGAAUGGCGAGAAAGGCCUUUUCGCCGCGCAUCCCGUGCCGUACGCCACGUGUUUUUUGUAUGCGGGGCCUGCCGUUGCGACAAAAGUCUUGGAGGAGAAGCGGGCGGUUGCCGCAGUGAAGAACGGCACCACCACUACCAAUAAUCCUGCUGCUACUGUCGCCCCCGCUUCCUCCGACAUCACCAAUAGCUCCACAACGACCACCACCUGCCGUGACAACAUGAAUACCGAUAACAUCAAUAGCGGAAGCAUUGACGACGAGGAUGAUGAUAUGUUGAAUGAAAUACCAAUUCAUGACGCGACUUAUGCGCUUGGCCUGGGUCGGCACGGAAUGUGUUUUGGCCAGGGACUUAUGCGAUACGCCAAUCACCGCUACAAUAUUAGCAAGUUUGGGAAUGUGGAGCUGUGCUCUGUGAUGCUCUCCGUGACGAGUGAGUUUUCUUCAUUGGCGGCAGAGCUUGAACGGCGCCGCAACCCUGCCUUUAGAAGAAGGAGGAAUCCGAGAGGCGCACCGGGACGGAAGCCCAAAAAGUCAAAUGUAAUUUCCCAUGCAAAACAGGGUGUUGAAGUGAUGGGCGCCAAGAAGCGGCGUUACCGUCCCCUUGCUGGACGUCGCGUAUUUUUGGAAGAACACAGCCAUUUUGUUACGAUUCCGUUUUUUAUCGCAACAACGGAUAUAGAGGAAGGGCAACAACUGCUGGCAUGGACCUACGGCGAAGAGUAUGAUGCCCGACUUGAGCGGCAAGUUGUAUGCGAUGGGAAUCUUGUGCCCUAUGGAGAUGCGGUUGUGCUCGAUACACGAAUUCCUGUAGGCCGUUGGCAGAGUUAUAAAGGAGACUACCGUCACGGUAUGGGUGUCAGUGACAUUGUUUGGUGCCGUCAUUUCCCAUCGAACGGGAUUCACGAUCCUGUGGAUGAAUUAUAUAUCAUACUGGAGAUGCCAUUCCACGGUAUGGGCUAUUUGCUACUGCGUCCCCUAGUCCGUAGUCGCAGCGCCCAACGCCAAGAGCUUCUUGAGCCUUAUCAAGGGUCGCCUGAUGAAAUGAUUCUGCUGGAUGUCUGUGAGUCCAAGGUGCUAGAACAAUGCAUCAUUGCUCAUAUGGAUACAGUGGCCUUGCUCCUCGUGGAAAUGGACUAUUGGAGUCUGAGGAGGGCCAAACGGACCCCGGCAUCAUCUCCGCUUGCGUGGAGCAGUUGUAUUUGUGGCGGGGGCUCGUCAUGUUUGAUUCGUCAUAUUGUUGUGAAUGGUACAUCUCUUCGGGCCGCGACGAGACUCGUUCGUGAAAGUGAACAUAAAUUUACGACAACAACCAGGGUAGAGAUUCUCUCUGGAUCUGUGUGGCCCUUUCUGCAGGGGCGUGGCGGUGCUGCAGGAACUGGCAGCAAAAAAAGAAGCGGCAAGGGGCAGUAA